AUGGCAAUGUUUCACUUAGAGAUGGCAAAAGAGGAACCUGCCCGCGGGCCGGGCCCGUGUGAACUUGCUUCGGGUCGGGAUUGGGUUCUAAGACACAGGCCCGAAUUUGAAGCGGGCCUCGCGGGUAAGGCUUGUGCGGUAUUGGACCAGACGCGGGAUUGGCUCGAUGUGUACCGCGGGACGCGCGGGGCUCCGCCAAAGACGAUCUCUUCCAGCUCGAACGGUGAUAGAAAUGGCGAUUGGUCAUCUCCGCCAAACACUGUUCUCCGCAAUUCCACCAUCCACGACUUUUAUGGCUCCCCUGAUCCCAUGUACAAGCUGAAAUAUGAAGCACCUGGAGCUAUUGAAUUGGGGAAGAGGGUAAAAGAAUUGUUAAUGGGAGAAGGAGGAAUGAAACGUGUUGAUGAAGAUAAAAACAGAGGACUGGAUCAUGGAGCUUGGGUUCCUCUUAUGCUGAUGUAUCCAGAGGCGGACAUACCUGUUUGCCAGCUCUCUGUUCAAUCAUCUCAAAGUGGGACUUACCAUUACAACAUGGGCAAAGCAUUGGCUCCACUUAAAGACGAAGGUGUUCUUAUCAUUGGAUCAGGAAGUGCCACUCACAACUUGAGGAAGCUUGACUUUAAUAUAACUAAUGGCUCAGCUGUUCCUUGGGCUUUAGCGUUUGAUCAUUGGCUCAGAGAUUCUCUUCUUCAAGGAAGGGCAGCUGGGAAACAGGAGAGCAUAAGACAGACUGCUGGAUCAUGUUUGGUCCGUCCUGCUCGUUUUAACCAAAGAAAAAGACAGUUAUGUGCAACAAUGUCUUAAUGU